CCGCGCACCGGCGGUCACGGCGCUCGGGAACGGCCGCUCCCGCGGCGGCAGCGCGCCCGGAGCGGAGCGGGGCUCGGCUGGCGGCGGGGAUGCGCGGGAGCGGCGGGCAGCCCUGCCCUGCCCUGAGCCAGCACCGGUAGGAUCCAGUGCUUUGCUGCUGCAGUGCACAUAGCUCUUCCCAAAUCAGUGGGAUAAUUCCUGUGUUUACAGCUAAAUUAUGCUUAAAAGCUCCAAUGCAUCAAGAUGGCUAAGAUGUGUUAAGGCCCAGAGGUCUCAGGCUCACUGAGAACUGGGUGCCUGGGGCUGUGACCAGGAGGGACCCCUCGCAGAGUGCUGGCACUCCUUAAAAAUCCAACAAGUGGGAAAUGACGAGUGUGAGGAGCAGACUGCAGAACUGGACAUUCAGUGUCUGUGCAGGACUUUGAAUGCAGAAGUCACCACGAUGACCCCCAGCUCUUAUACUGUGCUUUUUACUUAUAGCCAUGUAAGAACCUAAACAAGGAGACAUAAAUUAUUGACCAGAGAAUGGCCCACCGAAGCCCAAUCUUCCCAACUCUUGCCCCUUCUGAAAGACGGGUCCGAAACAUCCCGCUGCACAGCCAGGCGCUGACAGCAGUGCCGCUGGCAUCCGCCAGCCUGGUGGAUCAGCUGGAGGACAGAAUCCUGAGCCAUGAGAAAACAACAGCAGCUCUUGUGGAACACGCUUUUCGCAUUAAGGAGGACAUUGUUUCCACGCUGCACAGAAUGCAGAACAAAGGGGGGGGUGACCGGUUGGCAAGGCAACUCCUGGAGGAGCACAUCCGAAACAUAACUGCGAUAGUGAGGCAGCUCAACCGGGACAUCGAGAUGCUGCAGGAACAGAUACGUGUCAGAGACAAUCUCAGCUAUGGAACAAAUUCUACCCUGAAGAGUCUUGAAAUGCGUCAGCUUUCUGGCCUGGGAGAUCUUCGGGGAAGAGUUGCAAGGUGUGAUGCUGGGUUAGCCAGGCUGUCUGCAGAGCAUAAAAUUACAUAUGAAAGACUUCAGAGUCUAAGUAAAGACCAACACACCUCCAAGCUGAUCUUAGAAUCUAAAAUCAAAGAGGCAGAAAUACAGAUUUCUCAUCUGCUGAGCAGAGUAGAGCAAUCAAUAAUGCAACAAGAAGCAAAGCUGAAGAUUGCCUACAAAGAGAGCAACCAACAGUUGCAACUUCUGGACACAAAAUUGAAAGAUGCUGUUGAGGAGCUCAGCAAUCAGAUUUUGUCUGCACGGAGCUGGUUGGAACAGGAACACGGAAGGACUGAAAAAGAGCUUGUGCAAAAAAUCGACCAACUCUCACUGACUUUUAAGGAAAGCACUGAAAUGAAUGAGAGAGGUAUUGAGAUUAAAUUCAACCAAAUGGCAGAGAAAAUUGAUAGAAUAGAAGAAAUGCAGAAGAUAACCAUGGAGGCACACGAAACCAAACAGACUGAAGAAAAGAUAAAUAUUCGCAUUGUCAAACUUCAAAAUGAGAUAAAUGAAGAUAUAAAAGAAAUGAAAGCUGAAGUCAAUGCUGGGUUUGCAGCUAUCUAUGAGAGCAUUGGGUCUCUACGGCAAGUUCUUGAAGCAAAAAUGAAGCUGGACAGAGAUGAACUCCAGAAGCAGAUCCACCAAAUGAAGCAGGAGGUUCCAAGAUGGGGAGAAGCUGGACCAUGACUGCAAGAUUUUGUCUGAGAGAUUAGUGUUUACCUGGCUAGCUAGGCAGACUCUAGUGUUGUUCCAGUCUGUAAUGCCAAUCACCUGCAUGUACCAAAUGACAUGCUGCUGCUGCUGCUGCUGCUGCUGCUGCUGCUGCUGCUGCUGCUGCUGCUGCUGCUGCACAGGUGUUUGCUCCCAGCAGUAAAUACAAGCUGUUCUUGGAUAACUGGCAAUGAGCCUGUGGAGCUGAGGUGCUGCUUUGCCACUGCACUACUCCAGUUGCUGUCAGGAAAUUUAGCACUGUGUAAAACUGGAGUAAUGCACUGCUGAAGCUGGCAGCUAGUUUGCUAAAGGCAUUCCAGUUUUGCAGGCUUGAUCAGGCAGCUAUAUGCUUUUAUAUGCACCUGCACCCCUCCACCUUAAAAAAAAAGGCAAGUUGCUCUCAUUUGCUUCAUAUGAAUUUGGCAAGGUUCUCCACCUUGAUACAAAUUACUUAGUUGAAAUCAAUGGACAUUUUUACAGUGACUUUAUCUACUAUUGACUUCCUGGGAAGACAAAAUUGGCACUAAACAGACCAAUCUUCAAAAUCAAGACAACAUCAGAAAAAUCUUUGUUUGGGUUUGCAAAUAUUCUGUGUGUGAAAAUUAGGUAGUGUUAUAUAAUGUAGUUGUAGAUUUAGGUGAUUCAUAAACAACAUAGGAAACAUCUUACAUGGUCUUAAGUAUUGUAACCUUUUAAAAUAAUAACCAAGGGGAGUUGACACAAGGUAAAGGAUGUAUAUAGGGUAUUUUAGGGUAUUUUUUACUAGGCACGUGUUCCUAUGACUUGCUUCAAUAUAUUGAUAAAAACUUAGAAUGGUUUGAAAGCUACAGAGAAGGUGAUAAUCUAACCUAGUCUGGAGACUCUAAUGUAAAAUAAAAUGCAGUUUAUGAUCUCCUUAGAAAUUUUAAUUGAAGUAAAAAAAUUGCUUCAUCAUAUUUAAGUAGACUUUAAUAAUUUAGCACAUUCAAAUUGCUAAUUGCAUUCACAUUAUUUCCAGAUAAUAAUUUCCAUUCCCAGAAGAGAUUACAUAUGAAAAUCAGCACCCAUGUGGCAUAUUAUCUAGACAAGAAAAAAAAAUAUAUGUUGUUUUUACUCCUUCAUUCAUGGCAUGAUAUAUUGCUCCUCAUGUUUGUAAGCCAUGCAGGAUUAAACCCUCAUGAAAAAAUAAAAUACUUCAUCCAGCAUCCUAUUAAUUUAUACUAUUAACAAAAAUAAUAUUAAUUGACAGACUUUAGAGUAUUGUUAAUCUAAAUAAAUUAAUAGGAUGCCUCUGCACUGCCCUUAAUCGACCUUUCAUUCAGCUAGUAUUGGAAAAAUAUAUUUUUAGUUGGAAAAUCAGUGGCAAGUAUCACUUCCAUAGAAGACAUUUUGGUCCAUAGAGUCACCAUAUAUAAAACAAAGAAUUUAAAAAACUGCUUCAAGAACUUACUGUCAUUAAUUUCAGUUAAGUCAGUGUAGAGUGUAAAAAUCAUGUAACUGCAUACAUCUUUACAGGAUUAACACCUAAGUUUAUAUUCAUUUCCUCUCUAGCUGAAAGUCAUUGAAGUCUCAAAGGCACAUUAGGCAUUUGCAGCUGUGGCUCCCAGUGCUCUCUGAUACAAAGCAGGAAUAGCAGAGGCACUUUUGUUACCAUCCAUCUCCUGUGCAAUGGAUUUACAAUGGCAGCGAAGGGAAAGCCCAGUUCCCUAAAGAGAGACAAUUAAAUGCUUGUAGAUAUUCUCAGGAAUUGUCUUUAAAAUUCAGUCUUACUUCCUGUAUGUAUUCCUAUAUAUUCCUAAAUAUUUAGCCAUGUGCAGUAGAAAAGCUAUCACUGGUGUUUUAUUAAAAAAAAAAAAAGAAAAAAAAAGACAAUAAUGAAGAAAGAAAUGAAAAGAGACAGAUCAAAACUAGAAUAAUUUUUAAAUUCUGUAAUGGGAAGUCUGUACCUGAGAAAAUCUGAUAUGAUAUGAAGAGCAUACAAGGAACCAGAAACAUUUAUAUAGGACUUAAUUAAAUUGUUUCUCUUGUAAAAAUCUUGUGUGAUUGAUCCAGAUAUAAAACAACACAGGAAACCCAAUCCAAUUUUACUUUUUUCUGCCUUAAUUUUUUUUUCCUAAAUCUCAUCUAAAGCAAAUAAGCAAAAGUCCAAAUAAAAUAAUACUCAACCUACUGCCAAGCAGUGUCUUCAAACUCUGAAGUGCCAAGUGGAGGGAGGCCCAGGUCAACCUUGUCUUGUUGGCAUUGUCUGCCAGGGAGAGCUCACAUGUGCUAAGGCAGUCCUUCAGGGGAGAAUUCCGAGUGGUUUUGAGCACUGGAGUAUCCUCUGGUCAGCUGAACACAUCAGGGCAAAGCCCUCUCCAGACACAGCACCCCUCAGGGAAGAGCUGUGAAGCCACGCAGGCAGUGCUGCACACACUGAGCUGUGGGAGCUUGGUGCUGCCAAAUGGAAGCCAAUUCUGAAAACUGAUCCCCAGGGAUCUUGUAAAGCCAAAUAGAAGGAAAGAACAGUGCUUGGAAGCACAGCUGCCCCUUUUUUUCCCUUCCAUGCUGAUGUCCAAUGGGAUUCCUGUGUUCCAGUCCUUCAGGGACACCAAGGUCCACUUUUGAUGGUGGAAAUAAUGUGCUUUCUUUGCUCAGCACAAGAGCUCAUGCUGUGAGUCUGGGUUUGUGCACCAAGUGCAAGCCUGCUAAGCCCACAAAAGGAACAAGGUAGUGAGGCAGUGUUUGUGUGGACGGCACUUGAGCAACAGAAUGAGACUUGGGAAAGUAUAAUAGAUGUGCAUAAAAUACUAUUUAAAUCACAAAGUUCACUGUCACAACCAUAAACUCACUGAAAGAAGGACUGGGAGGAGCCUUAGGAAGUCAUCUGCUCCACCUCUCCACUUUGAAAUAGAUCCAACUCUACUUUAAAUAUUUGCCAUAGACACUUCUGUAACUUGCUCAUUAGAGUCUUUUAAGACUAAGACAUUGAUUAAUGCAGUCUAUUCCAGUGCUUAAAGAAGAUUGCCUUGCCACCCAAACACCUAAACUAGGACAAGACAUAAUAGCCUUAAAUUUCAAGUACAGAGGACACAAACCUAAUUUAUUACAUUCUUUCCUGCAGGUUCAUUAGUUUUUUAAGGUAAUCUGUGUAUAACAGAUGAUUCAAAUGAAGCUUCACAGGGAUAUUUGCCCAAUAUUUCUUAAUUUUUUCCCCUUCCUACAUCCAUAUAAAACCCACCAAACCAGCAACACCCAACCCAAAGAAACCACCACCACCAAACCCCCAAAACAGCCAAAAGCAGACCACUUGCUCUCAUGAAGUUUUAAAAUCUUUCUUUUGUCAGCUAUUUCACAUGCAUGAGGCUUAAAUCACUUGCAGUGUGCAGCCCAUAGUAUUCAGUCAGCUGUGUAGCACUUACUGAGUGUCAUAAGUUAAACUCAUUGGAAAAUGUUUAACUGGGGUACAUGGCUUUUACAUUAGCAUGUGAUAACACAGUAGAACCAUGGUACUGUGCAGUGAGGCUUUGGCUGGAAUCAGAAUGAUGUCAGUAAUUACAGAGCAAUUGUGCUGUUUGUACUCAUUAAACAAACCAAAGGAAUGGUGCAAGUAAGAAGUUCAAAGGCUGACCCUGACUUCCACCUGCAGUUGUUUAUGUAGUAAGUUUUGUGUUGUGGACACCUUUAUAUUGUGGAUAUCUUUGUCAUAACAACCUGAUAAAGUUCAAUAGACUGUUGCCAUGUUAGAGGAAAGCAGUAUGAAUGAUAAUGAAGAACAGUAUAUUCCUGUAACUUCAAUUUAAACUGAAAUGCAAAAUGUUCUUUUCUCAAUUUCUGUUUUGUGUUCCACCUCCAUGAGCACCUGGCCAUCUGGGGCAGAGUGUUCUCUGUAUCUAAGAAUUAAAGUGCUCAUUAGACAUGUCUUCCAAUAAUGGAAACGUCUAAUAAGAGACAGAUGACAAUCUGAUGCAGCCCUCCUAUGCAUAGGGGAGGAAUUCCUCCUGUCACACUCCCUGCCGUGUAAAAAAUUCGGAGGCAAAUUUGAAAGAAACCAAGGAAAUUGGGCACACGGUCCCUACUCAAUUUGCCACAGGGUGUCACUGUUACUCUUGGCAAGGGAAGGACGGGGCUGAAUGAACCUGUGUGAUCCACAGAUGCCGCAAUUCCACCGGCACGGGGCUGGAAGUAUUACCGUGUACUUUGACAAAAGGAAAAAAAAAGAAUAUUCUAAAGACGUCACUCUGUAAAAUCACAAUAAAGGCAGAUUAUAAUUAAAUAAAG